CCUAUAAAUCGUAAGACGAAGAAAAGAACCGGGUUAACAACAGAAGCAGGAGCUGUUGUUUUCCGGCUCUGAAAUGAAUAAAAGUAAAGCUAGCGGAGUGUCUUGGGUAAAACCAGCGGAGCCGUCUUUUCUAAAGAAGUUUAAAAAUGACGUUGGAUUCAAAGAAGGGCCCACCGUGGACACGAAGCGUCAAGUGAUGCCCGAACUGGACGACGACAGUGGCAGCGACCGAGACGACGAGCUGCCUCAGGUCGUGGUUCUAAAGAGCGGAGACCUGAGUGCAGAUGAAGUGAAGAAGAUCAAAGGUGACACUGAGGGAGCUGCAGAUAAAGACGAUGAACCUCCCCCUGACGGGAAGAUCCUGUUCAAGAAGCCGGCCAAGCGCUCCUCCUCGGACAAGUUCCAGGGCAUCACGGCCAGUUCCAGCAAGAAGAAGAAACAGAGCGAGGAUGGAGAGAAGGAGGAGGAGAAGAAGGCGGCGGGGGUGACGGCGACGUCUGGAAAGAAAGUGAAGAACAACAGCCUUCUGUCGUUUGAUGACGAGGACGAGGAUGACUAAAGAGAGUGGUACACACACAUACACUAACUCAACUGUCCCUAAUAAUGUCAAAAUGUUAAAGGGAUAGUUCAGGUUUUAGUGUUUUUAUGAAGCUGCUGAUCCGGACAGAGGAAAAAAAUGAUUUGAUACACGACACAAACGUUUCACUCAAUAAAAUCUAUGUCCGUUUAAGUCAACGUUAUCAUAAGAAUAUUUUUUUGUGUGUUUUUUUUGUCUGGAAACCUGGACCACUCUCCCACACCAAAGUCCAUAGAGAAAAUCAGUGAUUCUACACACCGCACACAGUUCUUCUAGUAGAACGUGUAAAUGUGUUAUUUUGUGAUUUCGGUGUUUGAAACGUUUCUUUCGGAUUUCCGUCAAUGGCGCAGAAUGACCUCACGAGGCAGCAGUAGACGCUGUGUCCCAGAGAGUUAAAAAAACGCUGAUUUUCUCUGGAGACUUUGGUGUGGGAGAGGGAAAGAACUUUUUGUUUCCAGACAGAAAAGGCCGUGUAAAAGUAAGGAAAAAGGCAGCAAUCAUCAGUGUAGAUUUUUAUUAGGUGUUUUUCUUUGUUGUUCCUGUUGCGUCCCCAUCUUUUCACGGAGAGCAAGCGUUUCGUGUGUCAGGCUAGUUCCACAAAAAAACCUGAACUAUCACUUUUAAGUGAUCGUCACAGUCGUCUUCCCAACGUUGUUUUUUUUUGUAUUUCAAGCUUUUGUUAUUUAUUUAUUUUCCUUUGCCAAGUCGCAUGCAAAGCAACUGCCCUGUCACUCAAAAGGUCAUGCUGUGAAGACUGGGUCAUACUUUCUGUGUCCGCGCGAUGUUAAAAUUUUGGGGAUUCCGUGGGCGUCACAUGGGCGACCGCCACCAGCAGCACACCGUACACGCCGACUGAGCGUACUCCCUGUAGCACAACACUUUGGCCGAAAAGAGACGCCAAAGAAGACGAUAAACAUGGAACCUUGCUCGAGGUCGUAUGAGGAUACUGUUUAUACUCUCACAUUUACAUUUCAAAAUAAAACACGGGACAUAUCGAUGACUUGUGACUUCCUGGUGAGAAACGGCACCACAGGAUUGGAAUGUCAGAUCGAGUAUGCAUGCCAGGGUCCUAAAUAGACCCUAAGUUUAGUUGAUAUUUACAUAAAUGUCACACCACAGACUGUUUCAUGCCCUGUGUUGCUUAAGGUACAUAGUCUAGGCCUACACAGGAAAAAGCGCUGGAGUCAUAAUUACUAGCGGUGUUGUGGACACUGUCCACUGUCCUCCUCCUCCCGCCACUGACAUGAGUUUCCGCGCAGAACAAUGAGCGAGUAAAGUAAAGAUGAGAGAGCGCAAAUGACGACGUGAUGCCUGUGAAAUGAAAAUUCCAAGAUCUCCGUCUCACAAAAGACUUGACUUUGACCAAGGUCCCAAGGACAAAUCAAUAAAAGUGGACGCCAUCAUUGGCGAAGCGGCUCUUUCAAGUGGCCCUCCCAUCUUGAGCUGUGUCGGCACAUUCUAGUCCUUGAAUUGGUCCUGGAAAAGUCCUUGAAUUUGAUGUUUGGGAAUCCUGGCAUGACCCCUUGUUUAUUGGCACUUCCCGGUUGUAGUUGGAAGUCGGAAAGGGGGGGGAGUGGGGCGUUCCAGUUGAAAUGGCACACCCCUAAAUUCAGAUUCCAACUCUCAAAAACUUUUGCUAGCCUGAGAUACGUUUGCGUGCGUGUGCGUGUGUGUGUGUGUGUGUGUGUGUCCCGUGACUCAACUGGGACGCCACUAAGUUCCCAGUUCCGACUUCUGACGUUAACGGAAUGCACUAUUUAUGAGUGGGAACCACAGGGCAAAGAAGCUGCUCUCCGUGGACACGUGAAACAUGUUAAGUAUGACUCGGUAUUAACGAUUUUUAACACCAACAGACUCUGUCGGCUCUAUCAGGCAAAAAAAAAAAGGUUUUUAAAAGUUCAUUUUUAAAAAAUCCGUACUGUCACAAGGACUGCUCGUCAUCACGAUUAUUUUCUUUUAUGAAGCUACAGGCCUGGAUUUGGGGACGACGUGUACUCAUAAAUUCUGUAUGUGUCAUUUGAAUAUUGAUGGUGAUGUUUUUGUUUUUUCUGUGUGUAAAUCCUGUCGAUGUUGUAUUUUUUUUUUUAAACUGUUGUCAGAACUGAAAUAAUAUUCACAGUGAGCGCCGAAACUGCUCACUGUAGAGUUUGAUACAUCCAGUGGGAUGUGUUGAAUUAUCGAAUAUAUUUUGGCUUCGGGAAAGGAGCUAUAUAGCAGCUAAGUGUAGAGACGAUGCAUUCUUGUCAAUGCGGUUGUUGGAUAUGUGUGUGUGGUUUUUCUUUUCUUGUUUUUAUUGUGAAUGUUUUAUGACUGUAACAUUUGUACAUGUAAAUCAUUAAAAACAUUUGUACAGUAAA